UCUCUUCAGUCCCCGAAGGUCGAGACUGGACCCUUCUCUCUGUCCUGCUUGUCAUUAGACCCACCCACCCAGCAUGGCAUCAACUCUGGAAACAUCUCGCCUCCUUUCCUUUCCCGAGGAUUAAAUUUUAAGCCUCAUUGGCCAAGACACCAUGCCAAAAAAAGAGUGAUCUCGUCCCCGUUUUCACGAUGGAAGACUCAGCAAAGACUUUUGGCUCUGAGGAGGAAGAAGCCAGCUACUGGAAAGAUUUGGCGAUGACCUACAAGCAGAGGGCAGAGAAUACACAGGAGGAACUUCGAGAAUUCCAAGAGGGGAGCCGAGAAUAUGAAGCCGAGUUGGAGACACAGCUGCAGCAGAUCGAAUCCAGGAACCGAGACCUUUUGUCAGAGAACAAUCGCCUUCGCCUGGAGCUGGAAACUGUCAAGGAGAAGUUUGAGCUGCAGCAUUCCGAAGGCUACCGGCAGAUCUCGGCCUUAGAGGACGAUCUGGCUCAGACCAAAGCCAUUAAAGACCAGCUGCAGAAGUACAUCCGGGAGCUGGAGCAAGCCAACGAUGACCUGGAAAGAGCCAAGCGAGCCACGAUCAUGUCUCUGGAAGACUUUGAGCAGCGCUUGAAUCAAGCCAUUGAAAGAAAUGCCUUCCUGGAAAGUGAACUUGAUGAGAAGGAGAACCUCCUAGAGUCUGUUCAGCGACUGAAGGACGAAGCCAGAGAUUUGCGGCAGGAGUUGGCUGUGCAGCAGAAGCAAGAGAAGCCCAGGACGCCCCUGCCCAGCUCGGUAGAAGCCGAGAGGACAGACACAGCUGUGCAGGCCACGGGCUCCGUGCCAUCCACUCCUAUAGCUCAUCGGGGACCCGGCUCUGGCUUAAACACACCAGGGACAUUCAAACGCGGUCUGGACAGCUCCAACAGCGGAACCCUCCUCACGCCCGCAGCCCGGAUUUCAGCCCUCAACAUUGUGGGGGACCUGCUUCGGAAAGUAGGGGCACUGGAGUCCAAACUCGCAUCCUGCCGGAACUUCGUGUAUGAUCAGUCCCCAAACCGGACAGGUGGCCCUGCCUCGGGACGGGGGAGCAAGAACCGAGACAGCGGGGACAGACGGACAAGCGGCACCAGCGUACCUCUGGGCGACAAAGGGUUGGGAAAACGCUCGGAGCUCGGGAAGCCGCCCUCGCGUUCCUCCUCGCCUCCUGCCCCCGGGGUGGUCAAGCUGUUGCUCUAGGCUGACCGGAGCCCGCUUCCCCUGCUCGCCAGGCUGCUGGUGUUUUAAGUUAGUGAGAAACGAGAGCCGGCCGUCACCAUGGUUGGCUUGUGCUGCACCGAGGCUGUUCCCUGGGGCCCACGUGUUGUCCCCAUGAAAUGACGUCUCUGUCCCUAGCCCCACUGUCAGUGUGCGCGGGGACAAAGUGGGCCCCUGGGAGGCGUGACAGGGAGGGUGAUUGGCUGCCCAAGGCCCGCGGCCCUGAGAGGUGCUUCUCGUGUCCGGGGUCCCCCACGGGGGAUCUGGGCUCACCCGGAUGCACUGCCCGGCCCCUCUCCCCGGAGCUGUCUUCCUGGACAGACCCUCCUGUGCCUCGAGACGCCCUGAGCUCACCUCCAGGAGUGGAGAAUGGAAGACCCACGUGCCUUUCGGACACCCCAUCCUGGACCCCUGGGGCUUUAACUGCCUUUCUCGAGGUUUUUAGAGAAGUCUUGGAGUUUCAGAGUCGUUGCCAGGUUGAUCGGGGUCUGUGGGAAGUCUGUCCUCUGCCAAAUGCUGACCCUUAGUCUCCCUGAGGCCCCUGCCCUGGUGUGGAGGGACAUCUGCACUGGGACCCUGGGGCACAGCCCUGAGAACAGGACUUGGAAAUAGGAGCUCAUCAUGGAGUAACCGGGGCAGCCUUCACGUGAGAGGAGAGCGCAAGAUCGCCCGGCCCAGGGAGAAGGGAGGAGCCGUCGCGGAUCCCGGGUCACGGUGUGUCUGCUCCUCUGCUGGCCACGCAGCAGCCUCCCGCUCUUGGACACAGGUGGCAGGCAGGUGCCAGCCACGGGAACCGCACACAGCCUGGUGGCCCCAGCUGUGUCCUGUAAGAACCAGCAAAACUAGCCAUGAGAGGAAGAAAGCGUCUCAGGUGCUGCCCGGGUCUGGAGAUGCAGCCGCGGGGCUGGAUUUCUUCCCCCUAAAACUUCCUAACCUGUAUUAGUAAAAGACGGACUUUUUAUUUUUCUAAAGAACAAUAAAAUCAGGAGGGACUCA